AUGCUUGCCGUUGAUCUCUCUCGUGGGGUAACCGCGGGCGUCGAGGGCGUCGCAGUCCAGGCAAAUGGCCCGCUUGGGCGCGAGGAUCACGGCCAACGCAGGCCACAGCGUCCUCGAAUGUCCUCGAACACCGCGAUGUCCUCUUCAGUCCUCGGAACAUCCCCCGCCUCCUGCCCUUUCUCUUCCAUCCGAUCUCCGUCAUUCGACGAGACCCAUGCCCUCUUUGAGCUGCCCCAAGCAAGCACCAUCAACCAUAUUUGUGUCUUUCUCCUGGGAACAGGUGCGCCCAUUCCUCUCCUCCCCAUCCGACCCUCUCCAGACGUGCAAACAGUCGCCUUCCCGGAUGGCUACGGCGCAACUGUCCACCUUCACUGGCCUGGCAAGGGCUUUCAGCUUCUCGGAAUGCUCUCAGGUGAAAAGCCCUCAGCGAUUUUUCGCUUGCGCGGCACGUUCUCCGCGCAAUCCUCCCAUACCGCCUUAUUCUCCGACGGGACCCUCGGCAACUCUGCGACCGGUCUGACAGACGUAACAGCCAUUCUCGGAAUCGCCAUCGAGCCCCUGCAAACCAUUGAGGCUGAGAUGGCCAAUCUCCCCUCUGCUGUGGGACGACCGGCCAGUCGCAGUCCGCAAACAGAUGCCAUGCUGCUCGCGGAGCGGAUAGUCAGGCAUCUUUUCAACUACGUAUCAGGUUUCGCGGGUGGUGCACCCAUGACGCCUGAGAGUCUCGUUCCUCUCGCAGUCGUAGCCAAGUGGUAUGAGUCGUUCUUGACCAAGAUACGAAAUAUGGGCGUUGGAUUCCUAGAAAAUCAAGAGUAG